AUGGAUAGGUGUGGAUGGGGACCGGCCAGAACUCGCACAGGUCUCAAGAUCGUACACUGGUAUCAGCACGAGCCUGCAACAGGAAGGAACAAAGACAUCGAGAUCAUUGCUGCAAAAUCAAAUACAGCCAAAUUUCACUUCCACGUCUCUUCUUCUCCCAAACAGCACAACGCCAUCAACCAAUACACUGUCAACAGUUACAUGCACUACAUCCGCGGCGACGACGAUGCCGUCGAGGAAGUUGACCGCAACAUCCAGGAGAAGAUCCAACACCAGACUGCCGCGGCCCAGGAACGCCUUGACGAGACGCGGCGCUACGCGGAGGAGCUGAAUGCUGAGCUGGAGCGGCUCCGGACCGCGCCCUCGCCGAAGGAAGCGCUGGAAAAGGAGAAAGCGAUUCUGGAGAACGACGUAAAUAAGUUUCACAAGAUGAUCGAUGAGCUGUCGUCGCGGAUCGAGCAGGCGGAGAAGGCUUUGACGGAGAAGGAGAAGCAGUUGGACGCGAAGGAGGCGGAGAGGGGGAGUAUCUACGAGGAGAACGAGGAGCUGAAGCGGCGUGUGGAGGCGCAGACGUUCAAUGCGAUGGACGUGGAUAGGAUGAAGAAAGAGUUACAUGCGGUGGAGAGGGACACUGCAGAGGCUGAGCUUGAGAGAAAUGCUUGGGAAGAGAAGUCGUGGGAUAUCAACAACACUAUCUCGCACAAACUCAACGACCUAGAAGCUCUCGCUCUGGACUGUAACCAAGCCCUUAAGAGGUUGAAGAUUGGGAAUGGAUUUCAGUAUGUGUUGAAUGGCAAGGGGACUACUCCUGCUGAGAUAAUGGGCAUUGAUCACAAAACCAUGCUGAAGCCUGCGCUUAGAUCCUUUGCUGAUGAAAUAAAAAAGGUUUCUAUGGUAAAACAGGAAGAGUGCAUUUCUUAUCAGCAGAAGUCUGGUGAAAAUGCUGCGAGGCUUGAAGGGAAAAGAAAUCAGCUAGCAGCAGUGCAGUUGCGCAUUGAUCAAAUGGAAGCUCAACUAAUCAAGAAAAAGAAGGAAACACAGGAAUACACAAGCGGGUGUUAUGCUGAGGCUAAAAAAAUGUUGGAGGAAGUGCAGUUAGCAGAUCAUGAAAUGGAUAUGAUGGAAAAAGAGGCAGCGGAGGUUCUCAAGACAUCCCAAUUGCAGUUGCAGGAAGCGAUUAAACAAAGUGAAGAAGAAAUUCAAAUGCGUGCUGGCGAACUCUUUAAGUUGGUUGAUGCAGUCUCUAAGUUCAAAGAAUAUGUGGGGUCUAAAAUUUCAGAGAUGAGGAGGGAUCUAUCAGAAACUGCAGCUGCUGUCUCAAUUGCGUUUCAGGAUGGAGAAUUAGAUGGACAGCUGCAAAUCAUCAAUGUAAGCCAUUUGAUCAAUUUGAUAUCAUAGGUCUUUUCACACCCAAUACCAUACCUCUUCCCAAGGAAUUUCUUGUUGUAUUGAUUUAUGGUAGUCAGAUUGUGUCA